UAUUCGAACCCCCCCCUCCCCGGAAGAUGCCAAGACAGUCUGGGUGGUGACUUCCGGCUUGCUGAAGAAAGUUGAGCUGGGGAGGUUUGCUGGCUCCUGGGUUUUGCAAAAUGGAUAGCCAGGGAAGGAAAGUGGUGGUUUGUGACAAUGGAACCGGGUUUGUGAAGUGUGGCUAUGCAGGCUCCAACUUCCCCGAGCACAUCUUCCCUGCCUUGGUGGGCAGGCCAAUCAUUCGCUCCACAGCCAAAGUGGGCAACAUUGAGAUUAAGAAUAUUCAGAAGAUGGACCUGAUGGUGGGCGACGAGGCCAGCGAGCUGCGCUCCAUGCUAGAGGUCAACUACCCCAUGGAGAACGGCAUCGUCAGGAACUGGGACGACAUGAAGCACCUGUGGGACUACACCUUCGGGCCUGAGAAGCUCAACAUCGACUCCAGGAACUGCAAGAUCCUGCUCACCGAGCCGCCCAUGAACCCCACCAAGAACCGAGAGAAGAUCAUUGAGGUGAUGUUUGAGACGUAUCAGUUCUCAGGGGUCUACAUUGCUAUCCAGGCUGUGCUGACGCUCUACGCCCAAGGCCUGCUGACAGGUGUUGUGGUGGACUCUGGGGACGGUGUGACACACAUCUGUCCGGUGUACGAGGGCUUCAGCUUGCCCCAUCUGACACGACGCCUGGACAUCGCUGGGAGGGACAUAACCCGCUACCUCAUUAAGCUGUUGUUGCUGAGAGGCUAUGCGUUCAACCACUCUGCGGACUUUGAGACGGUGCGUAUGAUGAAGGAGAAGCUGUGCUACGUGGGUUACAACAUCGAACAGGAGCAGAAACUGGCUCUGGAGACCACCGUGCUGGUCGAGUCCUACCAGCUCCCAGACGGCAGGGUGAUCAAGGUGGGAGGGGAGCGUUUCGAGGCUCCAGAGGCUUUGUUCCAGCCCCAUCUCAUCAACGUAGAGGGAGUCGGGGUGGCAGAGCUGCUCUUCAACACUAUCCAUGCAGCAGACAUCGACACCAGGUCUGAGUUCUAUAAACACAUAGUGUUGUCAGGUGGGUCCACCAUGUAUCCAGGCCUUCCAUCUCGACUAGAGAGGGAGCUCAAACAGCUCUACCUGGAACGUGUGCUGAAAGGCGACGUGGACAAACUCUCGAAAUUUAAGAUCCGCAUCGAGGACCCGCCGCGGCGUAAGCACAUGGUGUUCCUGGGCGGGGCCGUGCUGGCGGACAUCAUGAAGGACAAAGAUAACUUCUGGCUGACCAGGGAGGAGUACCAGGAGAAAGGUGUCAGGGUGCUGGAGAAACUGGGAGUCACUGUCAGAUAAAGACCUCCACAAUGUUAAAGACCACACACACACACACACACACACACACAAACAUAUAAAUAUAAAUAUCCAUAUAUUCACCCAAACACUGAAGGGUCAUAAUAGAGAAGCACCUAGAAUGGUGUAUGUGUAAAACACACAGACACACGGUUUCCUCCCCCAUGGCAGACUAGAUAUCUAUUUAUCCUUCUUCCUCUUCUAAACAACAGAAUCACGGCAUCACCGUAGGGAGUGAUGACGCCCUCCUCUCCUCCUGUCGUCUGAUGGUCUAGUAUAGUUUAGCUCAGGGUUGGUAGUAGAGUUCAGGACAUCACUCCUCCAGUCCUCCUCCUCUCCUCCUGUCUUCUGAUGGUCUAGUAUAGUUUGGCUCAGGGUUGGUAAUAGAGUUCAGGACACCACUCCUCCAGCCCUCCUCUCCUCCUGUCUUCUGAUGGUCUAGUAUAGUUUAGCUCAGGGUUGGUAGUAGAGUUCAGGACACCACUCCUCCAGCCCUCCUCCUGUCGUCUGAUGGUCUAGUAUAGUUUAGCUCAGGGUUGGUAGUAGAGUUCAGGACACCACUCCUCUUCCUCUCCUCCUGUCGUCUGAUGGCCUAGUAUAGUUUAGCUCAGGGUUGGUAGUAGAGUUCAGGACACCACUCCUCCUCCUCUCCUCCAGUCGUCUGAUGGUCUAGUAUAGUUUAGCUCAGGGUUGGUAGUAGAGUUCAGGACACCACUCCUCCUCCUCUCCUCCAGUCGUCUGAUGGCCUAGUAUAGUUUAGCUCAGGGUUGGUAGUAGAGUUCAGGACACCACUCCUCCAGCUCUCCUCCUGUCGUCUGAUGGUCUAGUAUAGUUAGGAAUUUUGGUAGUAGAGUUCAGGACACCACUCCUCCAGCCCUCCUCUCCUCCUGUCGUCUGAUGGUCUAGUAUAGUUUAGCUCAGGGUUGGUAGUAGAGUUCAGGACACCCCUCCUCUCCUCCAGUCGUCUGAUGGUCUAGUAUAGUUUAGCUCAGGGUUGGUAGUAGAGUUCAGGACACCACUCCUCCUCCUCUCCUCCAGUCGUCUGAUGGCCUAGUAUAGUUUAGCUCAGGGUUGGUAGUAGAGUUCAGGACACCACUCCUCCAGCUCUCCUCCUGUCGUCUGAUGGUCUAGUAUAGUUAGGAAUUUUGGUAGUAGAGUUCAGGACACCACUCCUCCAGCCCUCCUCUCCUCCUGUCGUCUGAUGGUCUAGUAUAGUUUAGCUCAGGGUUGGUAGUAGAGUUCAGGACACCACUCCUCCUCCUCUCCUCCAGUCGUCUGAUGGCCUAGUAUAGUUUAGCUCAGGGUUGGUAGUAGAGUUCAGGACACCACUCCUCCAGCCCUCCUCCAGUCGUCUGAUGGCCUAGUAUAGUUAGGAAUUUUGGUAGUAGAGUUCAGGACACCACUCCUCCUCCUCCUCUCCUCCUGUCGUCUGAUGGCCUAGUAUAGUUAGAUAUUUUGGUAGUAGAGUUCAGGACACCACUCCUCCAGCCCUCCUCCAGUCGUCUGAUGGCCUAGUAUAGUUAGGAAUUUUGGUAGUAGAGUUCAGGACACCACUCCUCCUCCUCCUCUCCUCCUGUCGUCUGAUGGCCUAGUAUAGUUAGAUAUUUUGGUAGUAGAGUUCAGGACACCACUCCUCCAGCCCUCCUCCUCUCCUCCUGUCGUCUGAUGGCCUAGUAUAGUUAGAUAUUUUGGUAGUAGAGUUCAGGACACCACUCCUCCAGCCCUCCUCCAGUCGUCUGAUGGCCUAGUAUAGUUAGGAAUUUUGGUAGUAGAGUUCAGGACACCACUCCUCCUCCUCCUCUCCUCCUGUCGUCUGAUGGCCUAGUAUAGUUAGAUAUUUUGGUAGUAGAGUUCAGGACACCACUCCUCCAGCCCUCCUCCUCUCCUCCUGUCGUCUGAUGGCCUAGUAUAGUUAGAUAUUUUGGUAGUAGAGUUCAGGACACCACUCCUCCAGCCCUCCUCCUCUCCUCCAGUCGUCUGAUGGCCUAGUAUAGUUUAGCUCAGGGUUGGUAGUAGAGUUCAGGACACCACUCCUCCAGCUCUCCUCCUGUCGUCUGAUGGUCUAGUAUAGUUAGAUAUUUUGGUAGUAGAGUUCAGGACACCACUCCUCCUCCUCUCCUCCAGUCGUCUGAUGGUCUAGUAUAGUUUAGCUCAGGGUUGGUAGUAGAGUUCAGGACACCACUCCUCCAGCCCUCCUCUCCUCCUGUCUUCUGAUGGUCUAGUAUAGUUUAGCUCAGGGUUGGUAGUAGAGUUCAGGACACCACUCCUCCAGUCCUCCUCCUCUCCUCCUGUCGUCUGAUGGUCAGGGUUGGUAGUAGAGUUCAGGACACCACUCCUCCUCCUCUCCUCCUGUCGUCUGAUGGUCUAGUAUAGUUCAGCUCAGGGUUGGUAGUAGAGUUCAGGACACCACUCCUCCUCCUCUCCUCCUGUCGUCUGAUGGUCUAGUAUAGUUUAGCUCAGGGUUGGUAGUAGAGGUCAGGGUUGGUAGUAGAGUUCAGGGUGGAUAUCAAGUCUCCUGAAGAAAGAUUUUCACAACACGGUGAAAGCAAUAUGGUGGAAAGUUAGUCAAGGAGUCUAUUUCCACACUAUGCUUUUUUUUCCGGACUAGUGCAGAUCAGGGUUGAGGUCAAUUUCAGUUUAGAUUUUUAAAUUUUUUAAAGAAAGUGAAAACAGAAUGGUCCCCAACCUUAAUGCAGAUGAGGAGACGAGGAGAACAACGUUAGACUAUUGAGACCCACCCCUAGAACAGUUAAACCUCUCCUUACCAAUCACUUCAAACUUCCCUGUCCUCUUCAUAAAGGAGUCGCUAGAAGCUGUCCCUAAUCGCCGAUGCAGGGUCAGAUGGUAUCAUAAAGGAGUAGCUAGAAGCUGUCCCUAUUCGCUGAUGCAGGGUCAGAUGGUAUCAUAAAGGAGUCGCUAGAAGCUGUCCCUAAUCGCUGAUGCAGGGUCAGAUGGUAUCAUAAAGGAGUCGCUAGAAGCUGUCCCUAAUCGCUGAUGCAGGGUCAGAUGGUAUCAUAAAGGAGUCGCUAGAAGCUGUCCCUAAUCGCUGAUGCAGGGUCAGAUGGUAUCAUAAAGGAGUCGCUAGAAGCUGUCCCUAAUCGCUGAUGCAGGGUCAGAUGGUAUCUCAUUUCCCAAAUGGUUAAAGGGAUAGUGUGAGAUUUUGGCAAUUAAGAUUUUUUUUUCAGAUGACCUUGUGGACACCAAAACAGGCUGAUGUUUCAGGCAGUCUUUUCAAACAGCACUAAAAGGGCAUCAUCAUCAUUUUAACAUUUUCACAGUAUUAUUCCAUCCUCAUAGUAUGGAAAUAGAUCAUCAUUUUUUUUUUUUAAAUAAGUAAAUCUCUUUUUUUUUGACUGCACGGGUCCUUUAAGGUCAGGGUACGGUUAGGGUUGACUGAGCCUAAAUCUGUGGUUAUUUAGAGGCAACCUACCAUAAGUUUUCAAGGACGUCCCAAUCAGGAUGCAUCUCAAACAGGCAUUGGCCAGUCCAGUAUACACACAAACGUAGUAUUCAUGGAGAACUGUUUUUAUAUGAUGUUUUGUUUUGUAUAUCAUGAUUUAUUCAUUUCUCUUUUUGGUAGAGGGAUGUCUUGAUUCUUCUGUUGGAUGUAUACAGAUCCUCUUUAUCUUACAUUUUUAUUUUAUUUUUUACAUAAUUUUAUUUUUUGUGGUGCACGACCAUUUUAAAAUGGAGCAUAUGUCAUAUGGAAUUUCCUCCUUGUUUUUAAUGAAGAAUUGAUGACGAUGAGGAUAGUGAAGAUGAUUAUAAGGGCCCCCUGACCUAAGUGACGGUAGUGGGGUUCAAAGGUCGGGGGUUCAGGAGUGGGGUUGUGUGAGGGUCAUGAUAUAAAAACAACAUGGUUCAAUCUGAAAGUUGUACUUAUUAGGUCUGUUCCAGUCGAGCUGCACACAACAACCAAUGGUUAUACGCCACGUCAUGGACUUCACAGUCGGGUAUCAGAUUGCUACAUCCUAUGGUAUCUGUUUCCCAGACACAGAUUUGUCCUGGACUAAACAUUCUCCAUGGAGAUUUUUCAUUGGAAUGCAUUUUGAAUCAGGUACCAGACUUAAUCUGUCUGGUUAACUGGACCUAGAUGUGGUCAGCUGAUAGGUUCAACACCUAUCCAGCCACUGAAGGGUUAAUCUGUCUGGUUAACUGGACCUAGAUGUGGUCACCUAUCCAGCCACUGAAGGGUUAAUCUGUCUGGUUAACUGGACCUAGAUGUGGUCAGCUGAGGUUAAACACCUAUCCAGCCACUGAAAGCGUAAUCAGCCUGGAACAUGUCCUCUGAGACGUAGUAAAAAGCUGGUAUUUAAGUUCACUAGUCCGGCUCUCACCAUCACAACAUGAUGUAUGUUGGAGACACUUCUCCCCCCCAACACAAGCCUGAUAUAAUAUUUGUUUUCAUAAAUGUUUUAUCCAGUGCCAAGAGCAGUGAUUUUUAUCUGGAUCUUUAAUCUUUUUAUUUGACGGUUGUCUUUUUAUUUUCUUAUUGUUCAUAGUGUAACUGCCUAACGUCGCUGAUUUAAAUAAAGUCAAUUGAUUUAUAAGUAA